UUACGCGUCAGGCUGAGGAGCCCACCUGUCCGACGAAGGUAGACUUCACUCCGGUUCUUCAAGGAUGUGAAGCUCCCUGAUGUAUCUGAAAUAACGGGUCAGACGGGUAUCUCGGGGUCAGACUGGCUCUGGUGGAAACAUGUGUGGCCCUGUGAGGAGCAGAAACACACAGGCUGGAGAGGACUGAGGCUUUUUCAAAGGGGGGGAAAAAAAAACCCAACUUUUGUCCCUCUCUCUUCAACACCGAGAGGAUGGAUGGAGAACAUUCUGCGCUGUCAGGAGUGGAGAGGGAGAGAGAGAGGCUUCCACCGAUUUACAGCAGCCCCGCUCCUGCUGGUUUUGGGCGAGGCGCUAAGCAGCCGUUUCCGUCUCUGGGCACCUUCAUCUCCACACUGAGCCAGAGGAGGGACGCGGGGGCUCGGGGCUUUGCUGGCGGCAUGACGGGCACCCUGACCAGCACCCAGUGGCUCCGACAUGGGAGAGAGCUGCCUCCGAUCUGCAGCGAUGUCCGUCAGAAGCAGCGGCUCUCCAUUGACACUCUUCCCCCAGAGGUCAAAGCUCCGUUCCCCUCCGACCCCAUCAUCCCCCUGCGUACCAAGACCACCAAGGAGUUUCAGGAGGACAUGGAGCGUGCCGUCCAAUCGGGUGACUGGAGGGAGGUCCGAGAGUUUUACCUGACCACCUUCGACUCCUUCAUAGAAAUCAACGCUGCCUUCAAGCGAGAGGCGAAUGGAUCCUUUAACACCAUAGACGACUCGGGAGUCAACGCCAAGUUUGUCAACGCUGUUUACGACGCACUGCUCAGCACACCUCAGGACAUCCAGAAGUCAGUGUUGAAAGGGAUCAUCAACAGCCUGCUGAGGGAGUGGAAAGGGCCUCGGACAAAAGAUGACCUUCGAGCUUAUUUAAUUCUUGUCCAGAACCCCCAGUAUUCGAGCACCAGCACCUAUGUGAUCUACGCUCACCUGCUGAGGCAGAUCGCAGCUCUGUCCGAGGCCGACCAUCACUUCCUGGUUCAUUGGCUAAAAAAGCUGUCUGCGAGGCGUUUCAGGCAGCCGGUAGAGCGCCUCCUGCAGUUCAUCUCCACCCGACUGUUUCCUGCAGAACCAGACGAACUUCCUCCUCUGGCCAAGUGCUCCUGGUGGAUUCCCUCUGCUACCAAAGUGCUCGGCCUGUUCAAUGCAGCCAACAGUGUGUCCUCUACUCCCAUCAUGCCUUUCACCGACUUCUACAACAUCACUCUGGAGCACAUAGACUUCAUGGAGGAGUACAGGACCUGGCAAAACUACGGCAACUCAAAUAGGUUUUCCUUCUGCCAGUUCCCCUUCAUCCUUUCAACAGUGGUGAAGAAAGCCAUCAUCCAGAAAGACUCGGAGCAACAGAUGAUCAGUCAGGCCAGGCAAAGCCUGGUCAGUAAAGUUUCUCGCAGGCAGAGAGUGGACAUGAACCUUCUGUUCCUCAACAUUAAAGUACGACGAGCACAACUCCUCAGCGACUCACUGGAUGAGUUGACGAGGAAGCGGUGUGACCUGAAAAAGAAGCUGCGGGUGACGUUUGUCGGGGAGGCGGGGCUGGACAUGGGCGGCCUGACGAAGGAGUGGUUCCUGCUGCUGGUCCGACAGAUCUUCCACACAGACUACGGAAUGUUCACCUACAUGAAGGACUCGCGCUGCCAUUGGUUCAGCAGUUGGAAGUGUGACAACUAUUCUGAGUUCCAGUUGGUCGGGACUCUGAUGGGCUUAGCAGUUUACAACAGCAUCGCUCUGGACAUCCACUUCCCCCUCUACUGUUACAGGAAGCUCCUCACUCCGCCUACUGUACCAUGUGACCAAAACGCCCUUGUCGGCAUGGCGACUGCCACCCUGGACGACCUGCAGCAGAUCAUGCCGGAGCUGGCUCAUGGUUUGGGAGAGCUGCUGAGCUACGAGGGAAACGUAGAGGAGGACUUCUACCUCAUGUUCCAGGUUUUCCAGGAGGAAUUGGGCGUGGUUAAAUCCCACAACCUGAAGCCUGGAGGAGACAAAAUUCCCGUCACCAAGCAGAACAGGAAGGAGUAUGUCCAGCUCUACAUCGACUUCCUGCUAAAUAAAUCCAUCUAUAAACAGUUUGCUGCCUUCUACCACGGCUUCCACAGUGUGUGUGCCUCUGAUGCGCUCAUGUUGCUGCGUCCAGAGGAGGUGGAGAUGUUGGUGUGCGGGAGUCCAGAGCUCGACAUGAGCGCCCUGCAGAAAGCUGCUCAGUAUGAAGGCUACAGCAAGACCGAGACCACCGUACGGUGUUUCUGGGAUGUGGUGUUGGCCUUCCCUCUGGAGCUACAGAAGAAACUCCUCCACUUCGCCACAGGAAGUGACCGCGUUCCCGUGGGAGGAAUGGCCGACCUCAACUUCAAAAUCUCCAAGAUCGACGUCCCAACGGACUGGUUGCCGAUCUCCCACACCUGUUUUAAUCAGAUCUGUCUGCCUCCUUAUCGAACCAGGAAGGAGCUCAAGCACAAACUCACCAUCGCCAUCUCCAACGCUGAAGGCUUCGGCCUGGAGUGACCAGCCUGUACACACACACACACACACACACACACACACACACACACACACACACACACACACACACACUCACACUAACAAACACACAAAGACACGUAGACUAUUAGCGACAUUAGCUAUCCGUCACACCUACCACAACACACAUUAUGUGGUUGUGGAUGAGACUUUGGAGGACACUGGAUUGUCAACAAAUGAGUUCUGAUUUAAAAAAAAAUUGUAUUGACUGAAAUAGUGUUUGUAUUGUUAUUUUAGGGUCGGACUCAUCAGUUUGCCAACGUUGAGCUUUGUUUAUUUGCAGCAGAAUCGGUGGGAGCGUCUUCCUGCAACAGCUACAGAGAAACACUAGAAAUCCUUUUAUUUGCACAUGGACUGUGUUAGCUCAAAUUUAAGACAACCCUGAUUGAAGGCAAUGAUGUUUUUAAAUUUUAGACGUCAGCAAUGUCAUUUAAAAGAACAUAACCUUCAUUGUCAGCCUUCCAGAAACAUAAUUAGUCCAGUCAUAGUUACAGUUUCAUGAAUUAAGUUUUAAACAUUACUGGUCCCAUACCAUUUAAACAUAACCAUAUGCUCUAGAAACCUUGUGUCAACAAACAGUAAAUGUCUCUUGAAUUGUAAAAUGUUACUGAUAUGCUCAGGUUAUUAUUAUGUUACUAUUUUUUUAAACAUAUUUACAGGUAUCUAUCUUAAGGUCCAGAGUAAACUGAGAGAUCAUCUCCAUUAAGCCUGUUAAAUUAAAUUGAGAAGAAAAUCAGGCUUCAAAUGACAAAAUGCUCAAAUUACAUUGAUUCAAUUAUUGUGAGGUAAAGAAUUAAAAGAGAGGGAAGUAUUUUUAUGAGACAAAAAAAAUAUGAUGGUCACUCAGAUUUGAGAUGUAUGGAUUUAAUAUUUCCUGUUUUGUGUUGAUUCUGACUUAACCGCUUUGGUGACUUUUCAAAUAUAUUUUUAUGAAGGCAUAGGAAAUAUGUUUUAUAUCAUUUAGCUUUGUUUGCAGCACACUGUUGGUAUUUAAAGCUUUGCUGGGAGAACAAUGCUAUCGUUUUUCAUGAGAUAUAGAUUGUCUUGUGAAGUUUUGUUAUUGUUGUUAUUGUUGACAUUGCUGCCUGUUUUAUUGAACAAAAGGUCGCAGCAGAAAUAUUUUAAUUAUGUUUUAAAUGUUGUAACAUUAUGAUACAGUUGAACCAGAACUGUUGAUUGACAACUCUGUGUUUGUUUUCGGUUCUCUCAUAUUGUUUUGUUGUACAAUGGCUGCCAUCGGGCUGAGAGAUGACCAGCAACCUGCGGCCAGAAGCUGGUAGAUGUUGACUGUUAGUCGAGUAUCGUACAGAGGAUGAAGUAGGAUGGGGGAAAAAAGCCAUCUUCUGUGUGUCCUGUUCUGUUAUUAGCAUGUACUGUAUCUGAAUAGUCACAAUGGUAAUUUGAGUAUUGAGAUGUUUCAGUGAUCAUGACAUCAUGACAUCAUCAGUCCUGCGAAGCAACUUCAGUUAAGCACCUUGUUCUGGUGUUCAGUGUUCUGAACCAGACCAGGUUUCUUGUUUACAUGACAUUUAAAAAAAUAAGCUGAUCGGAGUGCAUGGAAUCAAGUUUAAUCUGAAUCAGCUUCAGUUGCUUGCACAGCAUUGGACGUCAUCAAUUUUGGUAGAAUCCUUAAGUAAAGCAGUGAGGAUUUGCUUCUAUUGGAUAAUUUGUGGUAGACAAAAUGCAUUGAAGAUCCGGAGACUCUCUGCCUCAAGUUGAGCUUUCUUUAGCUUUUUUGGCGUUCAUGCCUCUUGUCUGGAGCUGAGCAGUGCUGGUUUUAAACACUCAGCACUGUCCUAUGUAGGGUUACCAUGGCAAGAUGUCUAAAGACCUAAUGACUAAAUGGCCAAAGAAGUGACUAAAGAACCAAGAAGUUACCAAGCAACAGUCAAGCAGCUCACAUGGGUCUGAUAUGGGUCACUCUUUGGUCUCCUUAUACAACAAUGGAUCCUUUCUGUUAAGUCAAUUGCAACAGCAGGAGCCAGAAGCAGCUCUUCUCCAAGCAUCUGUUUGAGAAGGACCACAUGCCACAUUCACACCACGACGGACUUAUUGUAAAAAAACGAGCAGCUGACUGGAAGAAAAUGUCAGAAUCCUGUGCUGAAUACGAAAGGACAAAUCUUUUGGCCUCGAAAUGAUAGAUGGUGCUAGAAGAUGUUAAUCUGACCCAGGUCUGUUGUUUGUAAAUGGGACCAAGCUGUGUCAGGUUAUACAGUGGGAUGGCAGUUUGAAAAUAGUUCAAACUGAUUCAAAGAAUUUGUUGAGAUGUAAUUAUUUUCCCCUUGUCAGAUGUAUGAAAGCACGUAAAUGUAGAGAAAGGUCAUGUAUUUCUGAUGUUUUUUGUUAUUAUUAUUAUUAUUAUUAUUAUUAUUAUUUAACAAAUAUAAACCUUCAGGUUUAUCAGUAUCUGUUCAAUGUUGUGUACACUUCGUUCUGUUAGGAUUUACCACGAGUCACAGCAGUUUGUAAUGCCUUUCUCCUUAGUGAAUGAGUGUACUGUACAUGCUGUGCUUCUCUGUUGCCCAGGUCUUAUAUCAUGUCUGUAUGCAGUGCUGCAUUUCCAGAAGUUUGUACAGUAAAAGUGAACGAGGGGUCAUCGCUCUGUACGAAAACAUUUGCUGACUAUGCUUGUUUUUUUAGGGACACCUCCCUUUGAAUUCAUGCACAUCCUCACAUCCACACAGGGAGGUGCUCAGAACAACCAGUCCGCUGUUUGUCACUGGGCUGUUGAAUGGUACUGGUUCAGACUGAAGUGGGAACAGGUUAUAUACAUAGUGCAUCCACUUGUUUUUUUUUUUUUUUUUUCAAUUCAUUUCCCCUCAUUAACUGAAACAGGAUUUUAGAAUA